UAUCACCAUACUCGUCAAUCACAUUGUUCCUGAGCCAUAUAUGGAUGAGAUAUUUCAUAUACCACAGGUUCAGAAAUACUGCAAGGGAGAUUUUGGAAGUUGGGAUCCUAUGAUUACUACACCUCCUGGCCUGUACUGUCUUUCACUUGCCCAUGUUGCUUCUUUGUUUCCAGGCUUUUACACAGUGCAAGCUGCUUCAACAUUUGCUGAUUUGUGCUCCACUUCAAUUCUUCGAUCAUUCAACAGUGUCUUAGCAGUUGCAUGCAGCAUAAUUAUUUAUGACAUAAAUACUCACUUGAAGCCAACACUUGAUGAUAAACAGGCGGUGCUUCAAGCAGUGGUUCUAUCCUUGUAUCCCCUCCACUGGUUCUUCACUUUUCUCUAUUAUACAGAUGUUGCAUCUGUAUCGGCAGUGCUGGCUAUGUAUCUUGCAUGCUUGAAAAAGAAUUACUGGCUUAGCGCAUUGAUUGGAGCCUUCUCAGUGGUUAUUCGACAAACAAAUAUUAUAUGGGUACUUUUUGUCGCAUGUACUCAGAUCAUAGACAUUGCUAUGACACACGGAAAGAAAAAUGCAAUAACAGCAGAGUCGGAUCUGGCUAUAACUAAACCCGGGUUGGCAUGUGAUAGCAGCACUAGUACAGUGGGUUUAAAUCCGAGAAAGCGAAAGGGUGUUAAAGCAGCAGAAACUGUCAAGAGUUAUAUGCCCAACGCACCUGCAUCUUCUCCUGCCCCUUCAGGCCUGCUUGAGGAUAUUUGGGCAAUCCUUUUAACGUUAUGGCACAUGAAGUGGGAACUUUUGAUCUCAUUCAGCCCCUUUGUGAUGGUAUUGGUUGCCUUUGUUUUGUUUGUCCUUUGGAAUGGGAGUAUUGUUCUUGGUGCAAAAGAAGCUCAUGCAGUUACCCCGCAUUUUGCUCAGAUACUUUAUUUCAGUUUGGUUUCUGUAAUGGCUCUGGCUCCUAUGAAUUUCACUGUCACCCAUGCUACAGACCAGUUCCAGCACUUUAGGAAAAAUAUGACCUUUGGUUUCUUUCUGGGGUUCAUGGCUCUGACCGCGGGCUUUGUCUCUGUACACUUUUUCAGUGUUGCUCAUCCAUACCUUCUCGCUGACAACCGGCACUACCCUUUCUAUAUCUGGAGGAAGAUCAUCAUGGCUCACUGGUCAAUCAAAUACCUUAUGGUUCCACUUUAUAUAUGGUCAUGGCUUUCCAUUAUCCGUACCUUGGGGAAAUUUCAAAAUAAAAUCUGGGUUUUGGCAUACUUUCUGGCUACUGCUGCUGUUCUCGUUCCAGCUCCUCUUAUAGAGUUUAGAUACUACACCAUACCAUUCUUCUUCUUGGUGCUUCACAGUAAUGGUGAUAAAAGUGGACGUUGGUAUCUCACAGGGAUGUUAUACAUUUGUGUAAAUGUUUUCACAAUGAUGAUGUUUUUGUUUAGGCCAUUCAGUUGGGAUCAUGAGCCUGGAAUCCAAAGGUUUAUAUGGUAAGUUAAUUCACAGGAAAAAGAAGAGAGUUUUCAUGCGCUUAAGGGAUUUUAUUUGAUUGGAAAACAAUUCAGUUUGUUUUGUUGUCCUUUCUUUUCUUUUCAAGUUCUCUUGUAAUCAUGUAAAUCUUAAUUAAGCAGGAAUGACGUACCUGAGGCCCCAUUGCAUUUUUCUGUUCUAA